UCAACCUAAAACACCAUGAAGCUCUUUGUCAUCGCUGCCGUCUUGGCUGUUGCUGCUGCCGUUCCAUCCAGCUACAAGCCAGGAUACAAAGCUCCUAGCUACCCUGCCCCAAGCUACCCUGCCCCAAAGUACGCCGCUCCUAGCUACUCCGCGCCAGCCUACUCCGCACCAAGCUACAACAAGGAUAACAAGUAUGCCGACAUUACCGUCACUAGCCAAUCCGACGAGCGCAACAUCGAUGGCAGCAGCCAGUGGAGCUACGCCCAGUCUGACUACACCACCCGUGAAGAGUCCCAGGUCCAGAAGAAAAUGCAAGGAGUCGCUUACGAUUCUUACGGAAAGGCUACCUACGAAGAUGUUAUGGGCAACACCAAUAAGGGAUCCUCUUACUGGGUUUCUCCUGAAGGUGAGAAAUUCACUUUGACCUGGACAGCUGAUGAUGCUGGAUUCCAGCCCAAGGGUGAUCACUUGCCCGUCGCUCCCGUCCACGAAUACGAGCUCCCAGUCGCUCCCGUCCAUGAAUACGAGCUCCCAGUCGCCCCCGUUCACAUCCCCUUCAAUGGAAAGGGUUACAAGAUUUACUAGAUUUCCCGACACAUGUUAGAAUAUUUAAAGUAUGUCCGAUAACUACUGUAUAUCUCGAUAUCGCCUGCGUGCUCGUGUAAAUAUAAAAGCAAACAACCUA